CGGUAUCAGGCCUGUUGUUUACCAUGAGGCGUGGCAAGUUAAAUAUCACCUUGCAGAACAGGUAAGGGCAGUGGGUACACACACACAGCCUGGUGUUGUCUCUGGGAUAUUUUCCUUCUGUUGUGCCGAUUCCCGUGGACAAGUAGACAAGCUGUUAAACCAUGGAUAUGGACCACGGGCACCACGGCCAUUCACACGGUGCGGAUGCUAUACAAGACCAUUCGGGAUCGGGGACGUUUGGAAGCCACGCCGUCCUGGGGACGUUCUUCUUCGUGUUCGGGCUGUGGUACGCCGUGAAGACCUGCUUCCUCACGCUAGAGAGGCUCCACACACAGGGACAGGGGAAACAGCCUGCCAGAAACAAGACAUGGAGAGAUCACCUGGGCUGUGCCAAACGUACGCUGGGAUUCCUACUCUACUCCAUGGAUCCCAUGUUCAAGAUCAUCUCUUGUACGAUAGGAAUGUUAAGCCAGAUGUCUCUGGGCGCCCACUGGAGGCUUCGUGACCCGGUCACGGGAGAGUUUGUGGAACAAGCCGACUGGCAGCUGGUCACCAUGUUCUCCUUCUUCUUCUUCUCGGGGCUUGUGGACAUCUUGGUCAGAGUGAAGUCACCGAUUCCACCAAACAGCGACAAGUUCUUCAUGAGUCUGGCGUUGUUCGUCGAGUCCUACUUUUUCUUCUAUCAUGAAGGAGGGUCCGAGGCUGAAGAUCGCCUCCACCAACUCCUGUUUAUCGCCAUAUUUGGCGCUGCGGUAGCCGCCAUGUUGUGGGCGUGUCUACCAGAGAGUCAGUUGUUACCUCUCCUUCUAUCGACACUAAUCUUGUUGCAGGGGACAUGGUUCUGGCAGGUGGCAGGUGUGCUGUACCCGCUGGACACGGCCCGGAGAUGGGACCUGGAGUCACACAACACCCUCAUGUUCCUGCCGCUGGCCUUCUGCUGGCACCUGUUGGGGAACAUCGCGAUCAUCUUUGCCGUGUACGCCAUCGCACAUCAGUUCGUCAAGCGGGGCUAUCGCUUCCCAAGAGGACUAUAACACAGGGUCUUAGAACAGAGUUAUCAACCUAUGAUUGUUUUUUCUUAGAACCAUCACGGUGUUGUACUAGUUUCCAUACUCGUUUCCAUCAAAUACAUUUAUGGCAUCCUCAUGAGAUGGCUUUAAACAGCACUUGCAGCUAGAUUACAAAGGUUUGACAGGCCGUUCAGAUUUCAGAUAAGAGGAUCUGUCUUCAGAAAUUACCGUGGAGCCCAUGUCAUAGCUAGAUAUGUGUCUCUUAUUCACUAUGAUAUAAAUUGUAUCAUACAUUUUAUUUCUGCAAGAUUCCUGUUACUAUGCAAUGAUAUUAUAGCAAAAUCGUUAUACGACUACAGGCCUGUUGGUAUCUUUAAUAUAAAGUUUAAAGUCCUUCCUACAUAACUACAUGUGUAGCAAUUUUAUAUGACAUAGAUGGCAAUACAGAGUUCUGUUCGUCGCUCGUCUGAUAGAAUAUUGGCAACAAUGCAAUGACUUAGAACCUAGAACAUGGCAUGUUAAUGCUUUACGUUGUGUCCUGUUGAAGAUGAGUUACUGUGUUGACUGUUGUUUGAAUAUUGUGUAUUUGUAUUGUGACUGUAGCAAGCUACCUUUGUUAUCACGCGUUGUUUUUUAAAAGUUUUUAAGUAUCCAAUUUGUCGAAUCUACUUGUUAGUAACAAAUUAAUUGUUUGUACGUAAGUCAUAUCCCAGUGGCUUAAUAAAAACACAAAAAAAGCUGUAUUGUUA